GGACCCCUCUGGAACAGUUCUCACAGGGAUUUUACAGUGCCCAUAUUCACCACAGAAAUCGCCGCGACGUUUUUCGUGGUAGAUAUCGCCUUUAUAUUGAGGAUUGUGGAAUGAUGAUACUUUAUGAACACAAACAUUUGGAUUGCUUUAAAGAUUGUUUAUUAUAGGCCGACUACUGUUUCGAGAGGACGGACAUCGAGAUGAGACUGGACUAAAACAACGUAUACGGUUAUCAUCCAGACUGACUGAUUCCCUAUUUUCACCGUGAUGGAAAGAAAACUAUUCAACCUUUCAUAGGAGUAUCUAAGACGUCAUUCAACUUAGACAUGGGAAGCGGGAAAAGCAGAGGGAAAAAGGUUGCACCUGCAUCUGAAACCGACGCUGACGAGGUUAAUAAUGAUUCUGAACAAGCUGAGGGGAACAACAAAAGUUCGGUAGAACCCCUUAGAGUUCAGGCAUACACUAACUUAAGUUUGGCUAAUAAAAAGACGCAUCCCGACUGUCAGAGCGAAGGGCAAAAUUCCGAAUGGUCCACUGACUUAGAAGGUGAGCUGGAGGAAAUCCUUGCAGAGUCAAACGAACAGAAAACUAAUCUAAACAAAGACAGUUCUGUUAGGAAACAGUUUUUCAGCUCAAAAACAUUUGGCUUGUGUAAUUACAUACGGAUGCGAAAUGAUAAACAUGUGGCUUCAACUCACCAAUUGCCAAAAGCCGGACUCCGCAGUGGGUCGUGCCGUCACGCACAAUCUGAUAUGAGCGUAAAAGAACAACAAAUCUUCAACAAGCCUUUGGGGAAAACCUCACGCGCCAGCACGAGUCAACACCAAGGUUGGUCGGACAGCGUGACUCCGGGAACUCAAUCCAACGAUGCUGUGUUAGAUGCAGAGACAUGUGAUGGCCCAUCUCUCGACAAGGCUGUCCUUUUAUAUGACGCCACAGAAGAGGACCUCAUGAAAACCAUUGAAAGGGAAUUUAGUUAAAUUUAUGCAGUUGCAUUGAACAGAAUAUUUAGCCUUAGAGUAAAAUUCCCCUAGCCUACGAUUAGGCUAUAUUUUAACGCUAACCCAGCGUACUGUUUAAUGCUUGAAGAUCAUAUUCAAUCAGUUGAUAUCAGACUAUUAUCUAUAAUGGUUUUGUUUUUACAUAGGCUAUGCAACAUUAUUGGCUGUUGCUUCUGAAGGGGGAAUAUUAUGCUUGCCAUGUUGGAAUGCUUAGGCCUACAUUUAAGUUUCAUUUCCUGAAUGUACUGUUAGAAGACCCUCCACCCUUCCCCUGGAAUUCGCAUAAACUCAGGCGGAUUAUGGGCUGCGAUCAGGCAGGGUUUACCCAGCCUAUGCUGCUGUUGAUUCACUCACUGUGACUUGUUUGGAUUGAAUAGCCUAAUUGUAAAACAUUUUUACCAUUCUUUCCCAGUCAUGCCAGAGAAUAUUCUAAGGUGGACAUUUUCUAAAUUAAAGUAGCUU